ACAUAAACAUCGGAGCCAAAACCAAAACGAAAACCAAAAGGAAAACCCUCUUUCUUUUCUCUUUCUUUUCUCUUCUCCCCUCUUCCCUCCAAGUCCAUGAAAGAGCACUGAAACGACAGCGUUUAGUCAAGAGAGGAAUUAUGGCUCAGAAGCCUCACCUGCAACUCAAGGAGCUGGGAUCCAAGCUCGAGACUCUUCCUUCCUCCAAAGACGCUAUCGUCAAGCUCUUGAAGCAAGCAACCCCAUGUCUUGCUGAGUUGGACCAGUCACCUUCGGCAUCAACAUUGGAGUCAAUGAAGCCUUUUUUUAAUGCAAUUGUUAAGCCAGAACUGCUGAAGCACCAAGAUAGGGAUGUCAAGCUUCUAGUUGCAACAUGUGUUUGUGAGAUAACUCGGAUCACUGCACCUGAAGCUCCCUACAGUGAUGACAUUCUGAAGGAUAUUUUCCACUUGUUUGUGGGCACUUUUAGAGGUCUAAGUGAUACCAAUGGUGCAUCCUUUGGCCGGAGAGUUGUUAUAUUGGAGACGCUCGCCAAAUAUAGAUCAUGUGUUGUGAUGUUGGAUCUUGAAUGCAAUGAUCUGGUGAAUGAAAUGUUCAGUAUUUUCUUUGCAGUUGCCAGAGAUGAUCAUCCGGAAAGUGUUAUGUCUUCCAUGCAAACUAUAAUGGUGGUUCUCUUAGAAGAGAGUGAGGAUGUGCGUGAAGAUCUUUUAUCUAUUCUGCUGUCUAAAUUAGGCCAUGAAAAAAAAGCUGUUAAUAUGGCUGCAAGGAGGCUUGCUAUCAAUGUCAUACAGCAAUGUGUUGGAAAACUUGAACCCAGCAUUAAACAAUUUUUGCUAUCAUUAAUGUCUGGAGAUAGUAAGCCGCUGAACAAUCAAGUGGAAUACCAUGGAGUUAUCUAUGAUCUAUAUUGCCGUGCUCCUCAGAUCUUGUCUGGAGUACUCCCCUAUGUGACUGGAGAGCUACUGUCUGACCAGCUGGAAACCCGUUUGAAAGCUAUGAACUUGGUUGGCGAUAUAAUUUCUGUUCCUGGAUCUUCCAUUUCUGAAGCAUUUCAGCCCAUAUUUUCAGAAUUUUUGAAGAGGUUGACUGAUAGAGUUGUUGAUGUCCGCAUGUCUGUCCUUGAGCAUGUAAAGAAAUGUCUGGUGUUGAAUCCUUUCAGAGCUGAAGCUCCUCAAAUAAUAUCUGCCCUUUGUGAACGGCUGCUGGACUUUGAUGAAAAUGUUCGAAAACAAGUUGUGGCUGUUAUCUGCGAUGUGGCAUGUCAUGCCCUAAAUGCUGUUCCACUUGAAACUGUGAAACUUGUUUCAGAACGGCUCCGUGAUAAAUCUAUACUUGUUAAAAAGUAUACAAUGGAAAGAUUGGCUGAAGUGUAUAGAGUUGUUUGUGAAAAGAGCAGUGAUACUGUCAAUCCUAAUGAAUACAACUGGAUUCCUGGGAAGAUUCUUAGAUGUUUCUAUGACAAAGAUUUCAGAUCUGAUAUAAUUGAAUCUGUUCUGUGUGGAUCACUGUUUCCUGUAGAAUUUUCAGUCAGUGUUAUUGCUAAACAUUGGAUUGGAGUUUUCUCUGGAUUUGAUAGAGUGGAGGUAAAAGCUCUUGAAAAAAUACUGGAGCAGAAACAAAGGUUACAGCAAGAGAUGCAGAAGUAUCUGUCUUUGAGGCAGAUGAGUCAGGAUAAAGAUAUUCCCGAGCUGCAAAAGAAGAUUCUUUUCUGUUUCAGAGUAAUGUCCCGUUCGUUUGCUGACCCUGUAAAAGCUGAAGAGAGUUUCCUGAUUCUGGAUCAAUUAAAAGAUGCUAACAUCUGGAAGAUUUUGACAAAUCUCGUUGAUCCAAAUACUAGCCUCCAUCAAGCUCGUGCCUACCGGGAUGAUUUGCUUAAAAUACUUGGAGAAAAACAUCGUCUCUAUGAGUUUUUUAAUACCUUCUCUGUGAAAUGCUCUUAUUUGCUUUUUAACAAGGAGCAUGUAAAAACAAUUCUCCUAGAAACAACAGCUCAAAAAUCUGCACAAAAUGCUCAGCAUACACAAUCUUGUAUGAAUAUAUUGGUGAUAAUUGCUCGCUUCAGUCCAUUGCUCCUUCGUGGAAGUGAGGAGGAGCUGGUGAAUUUACUGAAAGAUAAUGAUGAUACAAUCAAGGAAGGUGUUCUAAAUGUUGUAGCUAAGGCUGGUGGUACUAUUCGUGAACAACUUGCAGUCACAUCAACUUCUGUAGACCUUAUAUUGGAGAGACUAUGUUUAGAAGGCAGUCGGAGGCAGGCAAAGUAUGCUGUCCAUGCACUGGCUGCAAUUACAAAGGAUGAUGGCCUCAAGUCUCUCUCUGUUCUAUACAAGAAACUUGUAGAUAUGCUGGAAGAUAAAACACAUCUGCCUGCAAUACUUCAGUCUCUGGGGUGUAUUGCGCAGACAGCAAUGCCUGUCUAUGUAACCAGAGAGAAGGAAAUUGAAGAAUUUAUAACAAACAAGAUUCUGAAAAGUGACAGUCAAGAAGAUAACCGGAAAACAUCUUGGGAUGGUGAAAGCGAUCUUUGUAAGCUGAAGAUAUAUGGCAUUAAAACAUUUGUAAAGAGCUACUUGCCAGUCAAAGAUGCUCAUGUUCGUCCAGAUAUUGACAGGAUUCUGGAUAUACUCAGGAAUAUUUUACUAUAUGGGGAAGUAUCAAAGGAUCUAAAAUCAAGUUCAGUUGAUAAGGCCCAUUUGAAGCUAGCUUCUGCUAAAGCUGUUCUUCGGUUGUCAAGACUUUGGGAUCACAAGAUACCUGUUGAUCUUUUCCACUUAACUUUAAGGGUGUCCGAGGUUACUUUCCCUCAAGCUAGGAAGAUUGUAUUGAGUAAAAUUCACCAAUAUAUCAAAGACCGCCUUUUGGAUGCCAAAUAUGCAUGUGCUUUCUUAUUGAACAUAUUUGGAUCCAAACCAAACAACUUUGCAGAGGAUAAACAGAACCUGGCUGACAUUAUUCAAAUGCACCACCAGUUGAAGGCAAGACAACUUUCUUCACAAUCAGAUGCAAAUUCCUUGGCCACUUACCCUGAGUACAUUCUUCCAUACCUAGUUCAUACACUUGCUCACAAUUCAUGUCCCGAUGUUGAUGAGUGCAAGGAGUUUGGAGCAUAUGAUGAUAUAUACCGGCAGUUUCACUUAAUACUUUCAAUGCUACUGCAAAGAGAUGAAGAUGUCAAGUCAGAAGUAACUACUGACAAAGAGAAGGAAAUUGUAUCUACUAUCACUUGUAUCUUUCUGAGUAUCAAGCAUUCUGAAGAUGUAGUUGACACAUCAAAGUCAAAGAAUUCUCAUGCAUUAUGUGACCUUGGUUUAGCAAUAACCAAACGCUUAGUGCAGAAGGAUGUUCAUUUGCUAGGAUUGUCACAUUUGGUUUCUCUACCUCCAAUGUUAUACAAAGCAUCCGAGAAGGAAGGAGAUGACACUGGGGUAACUGAAGUUAAAAGCUGGUUGGCUGAUGAAAAUGCCUUGGCUCACUUUGAAUCUCUUGAACUCGAUAUGGUUCAUUCCCAAUCAGCAGAGAAUGAAGCUUCGAAGGAUGAUGAAAAGGACGGAAAUGAGAUACCUCUGCGAAAGAUGUUAAAGCACAUAAAAUCCCAGGGGUCCAGGGGCAAAAAGGUGAAAAGGAAGAAGUCUCCUUCAGCUGAAACGAAAAAGGAAGAAAAUGAUUUUGACACUGUAAAUAUGGCUAGACAAAUUAAUGGGGAUAACUUAGGGACCUCUUCUAAUGUGGAAGCAAGUAAUGGCCACGGACAUUCUUUGAGUAAGAAGGCCCUGAAGGAUCUAGGUUCUACAGCAGGUAAAAAAAGAAAAGCUAGAGAAACAACACCUAUUCCAGUGCCUAAACGUAGACAGUCUUCAUCUACUCCUGGAAAAUUGACUUUAUCAACUAGUAUAUCAAAGACAUCUCGAAGAGUUUCAGAAGAAGAAUCCCCUCAACCCAAACUUUUACUGGAUGAAGAAGUUAGCCCUGAUGCAGAUGGCAAAACCAUCCAGAAAAAAAUGGUCAAAGGCAGUGAAAAAGAUUUGUUAUUAUCCUCAUUAAAACAAAAGGUUAAAGGUUCUGAUGGUUAUCAUAAUGAUGAGUUGAACAAACCUGAUGAGCAUGACAUGAUGAGUCUUGAUCGUGUACAACUAAGUGAUAAGACUGUUAGUAACAUUAACAAGUCUUCCAUGGGGUCCACUAAAAAAGGGAAAAGAAAAAGUAUUUCAGGAAUGGCUAAGUGCACAACAAAGGGAGGUGAAAUUGAUAUCGAAGAUCUAAACGGUUGCAGAAUUAAAGUUUGGUGGCCUAUGGAUAAGAAAUUUUAUGGAGGCACCAUUAAGUCCUAUGAUCCUUUGAAAAGGAAGCAUGUGAUAUUAUAUGAAGAUGGAGAUGUAGAAAUACUCCGAUUGGAGAAGGAGCGCUGGGAGCUUAUUGACAAGGGCCGCAAAACUACUAAGAAGAUAAAGCUCUCUUCACUUGAAGCUUCUGGGCAAAAGCACAAAAGUUCAAGUGGCUCAUCACGUAAAAAAGCAAAAAAAAUAACCAACGGUAAUCAAUCUUCCAGCAAACCUGUAAACCGUGCAUCAAAAAGUAAUUUGCGUCAUGAGGAUGCCAAAGAGACUUCAGAGAUGUCAAGUCCUAAAGAGACCACAGCCCCUAAAGCCAAUGAAAUGGACUCAGGUGAUUCAGAAGAGGAAUUGACUGGAGGGUUUGAGGAAAUCACGAGAAAGGAGAAGUCUAUCAAAGGUACAAAAUCAGGUUCCAGAGGAAAGAAGCUACUGAAAGAGAAGCAGGUCUAUAGUUGGAGGGUUUCUGAAGAUAGAGAGAGUGUCCCACGAGGUAGUUCCGAAGAGAGAGAAUUGGAUAAAUCAAAUGGAGCCUUGAGGGAAAAUAUUAAUGGAGAAGAAGAAUUAGAUUCUGAAGGGCGUGAAGAUGAUAGCGAUGCUGGAAGUAGUCCUCGAGAAAGGGCGAGAUCACAUAAAGAGCCUUCAAAGAGUCCUUAUGAUGGCCAUGACACAAAAGCAGAGAUUUCUGAUGACGUGCCUCUGAGUAAAUGGAAACGUAGGAUGGGUAAGAAAAGCUCGGGGAAAGAACAAUGAGCAGUUUAACUGUUGUGAUUUAUCUGUCAAGAUUGCAGCGGAGUUGAUGCUGUUGUACAAGUACAGGUGUUAGCUUGAAUGAUGAUUGCACUGCCAAAUUGGAGAUCCUUUAGUUAUUAACAUUAAUAAAUAUGCUUAGCAACUCUUGUAGCCACCCUGUAGAGCAAAAAAUAACAGCAGUCAUCCCCAUGUUUAUAAAGAAAAAAUGGUGACACUUUUGGGUUCUUUA